AUGAUGGAGUCUCCGAGCCCCCUGCUGCGCCGGUACCGCAGCGAUCGCCGGAAGCUCCUCGAGUUCCUGCUGUCGUCGACCCUCGUCAGCGGGAUCAAAACUCCGGCGGGGCCCACGGCCUCCUUUUCCGACAUCAAUUUUGAUUCUGUCAGCGCCGAUUACCUUCUUGAAUGCAUUCAAUCCGCAGGUCGUGUGUUUGAUGUUUCUGAAGCAACAAAGAGAUAUUAUGACGAGUCUUCACAUCCAAUAAUGUGUCAUUUGCAGUCUGGAGAUUGUUUUUAUCUUCAUUCGGUUUCAGAAUCAGCUGGAUCCCCACCUAAUCAUUUUCCUCCAUCAAUCCCAACGAACCAAAGGGAUUUUGUUCAGUCCCACAAGCCCCAGGGGUUGAAGUAUACAGCUGGUGAUGAAUCAUUCAGAUCCAUUCAAGAAACUAGGAUUGACCGCCAAGUAGUAGAUGAUCAAGAUGUGCAGAAUAGAAGUAUGCUUUCAGUUGGAUUACCAAAUCUUAAAACAGGUUUACUGGAUGAUGACUUACGAGAAUCUGCUUAUGAAGUGCUCCUUGCAUGUAUGCUAUUUACCGGGGUAGAAAUCUACACAAUUGAAGGUAAUAGAAAGAGGGAAAAGAGCUCCAAGUUUCUAGCUGGGUUAAAGAGUAGAAAAGAUAAACGACAUAUAGAAUCUGAACCACCUCAACCUACUGAAAAACAUUUGAAGCUCCUGGAUAUAGUUCGCGUACAAAUGCAGAUUUCAGAAGCUGCAGAUACAUUUAUAAGGCGAAGGUUGACACAAUUUGCAAUGGGGAGAUCUUGCGGACAAAUUGAUAUUCCACAGUUAUCAUUGGUGCUUUUGACUGGUUUAUCAAAAUUCGAUCUUCCAAGCGAGAAAUCAUACCAUCAUUGGAAGCACAGACAAGCCAAUCUUCUGGAAGAACUAGUUUCUUCUCAUCAUAAGAAGACCGAAAAACAGAUGAUCAAGGCUGCACUUGCUAAAAUCAGAAACCCGGAGGAAUGGGAUGUUAAGAUGUCUCCUUCUGAUAGAAAUGCUGUUCUUUUAAGUAUUCGACAAGUUGCUCUGGCAUUUUCAUCUAAGCCCGGACAAUUUAUGAUGGAGGGAGAAACAUACUACUGGACUGCUGCUUAUCAUUUGAACAUGAGACUCUACGAAAAGCUACUCUUUGGUGUGUUCGACAUUCUGGAAGAUGGCCAACUAAUAGAGGAAGCAGAAGAAAUCUUGAAGUUGUUGAAGAUGACAUGGUCAGUGCUGGGCAUUACAGAGAGACUCCAUCAUGCAUUAUUUGCCUGGGUGCUUUUCCAACAGUUUGUUGCGACCGAAGAGGCAGUACUAUUGGACUAUGCAGUUCAUGAAGUCGAGAAGGUUUUGUCUGGUGAAGGUCACAAUGACAAAGAAAUGGCUUACAUGAACAGCUUGACAUGUUCCACUAGUGGCAAUGCAAAUAGAUUGAAUCUGCUUCAAUCUAUUUUUUUGUCAACUAGCACAUGGUGCGACAAUAAAUUGCUGGAUUAUCAUCUACAUUUUAGUCAGAAACCGUCGUUCUUCGAGAAAGUGUUGACAAUUGGUUUGUCUACUGGGAUAAAAGGUUUUGUUCCUCUUGGAAAUAUCCAGUUUACAGGAUCUUGCCAUCCUAAUGAGGCUGCUGCUAGAAAGAUCAGAUUGUAUGUAGAGAAAACUAUGGAUGCUGCAUGCAAUAGGGCAAUCGGUCUUUCAACUAAAGGGUCUGGAAAAGAUAAGAUACAUCCACUGGCUGUACUUGCUAGUGAACUAAGAUUAGUUGCUGAGAAAGACCUCUCUGUAUUUAGCCCAAUUCUUCGACGUUGGAAUCCUGAUUGUACUAUGGUCUCAGCCAAAAUAUUGCAUCAAUUUUAUGGUGAAAGAUUGACACCAUUUAUCAAUGAUAUCACAUGCCUCACCGAGGGUGUCAGAGAAGUGCUUCCUGCAGCUUAUGCAUUGGAAAACUGGCUUAUUAAACUUUAUUCAUCAUCUUGUGAAGAAAGCCAUUCUCAUUAUGGCCCAGAAUUGGAGCGUUAUCCGAUUGCUGAAAUUUCCAAGUCUGUCGUACUUGACUGGGUAGUUUCACAACAGGAAAGAAUUCUAGAAUGGGUUGGACGUGCUUUUGACCUCGAGAACUGGGAACCUUUAUCGGCUCAGAAAAAACAGGCAGCUUCAGCAGUUGAAGUGUUUAGGAUCAUAGAAGAGACAGUGGAUCAAUUUUUCGACUGGAGUAUCCCAAUGGACAUCACUCAUUUGCAAGCUCUGUUAUCUAUAAUUUUUCACAGCCUGAACACGUAUUUGUUGAAAGUGGAUAGCCAGUCAGUUCUAAGGCAUAAAUUGUAUCCUUCUGCUCCUCCGCUGACUCGUUACAAGGAAGCGACAUUUCCUAUUCUCAAGAAAAAGGUGGCAGAGAGUUCGGUCAUAGAUAAUGAAAUAUACAAAAAUUUGGAAGAACUGACAGCUUCCAAGCUAUGUGUUAGACUGAACACUUAUCAAUAUAUCAAAAAACAAGUUGAUGUACUUGAAGACGGCAUCAGGAAGUCAUGGAAAUCCAUCGCAUCAUAUCAAAUGGACAGACAGUCAACAGAUAACAUUCCUGAGACACCAGAGACAAAAGAUGUGAAUGGUGAAUCAGUUUCUGAGCUUUUCGUUGCAACACUGGACAUCAUCCGGGAUUCUGCUGCUGAUGCCAUUAGAAAGACUAGUGAUUUUCUCGGAACUAGAAUUGUGUUCUGGGACAUGAGGGAUUCAUUCUUGUCAUACUUGUAUCAUAGCAGUGUCGAGGGCAAUCGCUUGGAUAAUGUACUUCCAGAAUUUGAUAAAGUCCUCAAUAAUGUAUGUAGAUUGAUCGACGAUUCAAUCAGAGAUCCAGUGGUAUCAAGCAUUUGGAAGGAAGCAAUGGAAGGAUUUAUGUGGGUGUUGCUUGAUGGAGGCCCGUCACGUGCUUUUUCAGAUACAGAUGUUACACUGAUUGAAGAAGAUUUCAAUAUGUUAAAGGAUAUGUUUGUAGCUGAAGGGGAAGGCCUUCCUCGUUCAUUGGUGGAGAAGGAAGCAAAAUCUUAUCAUAAAAUUCUGAGCUUGUUUUCCCUUCAGACUGAAUCAUUGAUCCAGAUGUUGAUGGCAUCAAGUGAGCAUAUUUCAGUUGGUGUGACCAGUUAUAAAGGUGGUCAACGGUAUAAAGGUGAUGCCCACACUUUAAUACGAGUACUGUGCCACAAGAAAGAUAGCGAAGCCUCAAAGUUCUUAAAACGGCAAUAUCGGCUUCCAUCAUCGUCUGAUUAUGAUGAGAGUGCAGAGGAGAAUUCAUCAAGUUUCGGUUCACCACUUGUAGCUGAUCUCCUGAAAAGAAGCGCUUCUUUUCGUUGGUCUGAGAAAGGUCAGAGCAGCUUCAGAUCCAUUACUAAGAGAUUUCAAGAGGCCAAAUGGAGAUAA